UAAAGCACGGUUUGUGUAUAUAAAUAUAAAACAUACUGUAAACUCGCUGAGCUGGUAUAGUGCAGCGAUUCGAUUCCAUCUUUCAAAAUACAGUCUUCACGAGUCAAUGGCUGCUGAUACAGUCCGAGACGACAGUUGCUACAAUUCUCUACACACACACACACAUAUUGUGUACAACGUAUUCUCUACACACACGUAUUGUGAGCAUCAGUUAUACUCUCGACAGAACACAGGAGCAGGCGACCCUCAUCAGCAGAGAAUACAUCAUUAAUGACACUGCGCCACCUUCGUGUCAGUUACCUGUCCCUCACCUGCCGUGCGGAUACGGAAGCGGCGGGCUGAGGUCUGAAUACGCAUGUGCAGAGGUGUGUGUGUGUUGGAAGAGGCGGAAUGACUAACUCUCAUCUGAUCCCGAUUCUCUCUCUCAGGUAGCCAUGGCGGCACCACAGAAGCCUGCUUCGUUUGACCAAUGCCUGGCGACGCUGAGAGAACAGAAGGUGAAGAUUUGCAACUCGAACUUUGAGAAUAACAACAUCGCCAUUCAGCAGGCUCUGGAUGAGCUCCGAGAAGAAAGAGAACUAAUCCGAAAUGUCGAACAACAACUUAAAGACUUAGGCAAAACAAAGAGUCACACACGAGAAUGGAUGACAGCGGAGGAAGAGCAUGACAUCACAGAGGACCUUCACCUACAGCGAAAAAGAGGCCUGGAGAGCAUCCUCUACAUCACUGAGCUAGAGAGUUCUCUGACGUACGUUCAGGAUGACUUCGAGACGCGCGCCAUCUACCUGGCUCAGCGCCCAGAGGUCUUCCGGUCUGUGUACCGCCAUCACCACCAGGCUGCCUCCCGCAUGCACACCGAUUGCGUGGAGGCCAUGGUAAGAGCUGGAAGUGGUUUACCUUUUGCUCUGCAGUUUUUUUACGAUGCCCGACACCUGGAGACAGACCUGGAUAGUUACCUGGACUGGUUGGAUUCGCUGCCUUUACGUGCCCCGGCUAUCCUCAGUCAUCUGCUACAGCUUGAAGCACGAGUAUCGAGGCUGUGUGACAGUUGUCGGCUGGUCGUCCCCGUACAUCUGCGGAAGCAAGGCACAGCAGUCAAACCCCUGCGGGCGGAGGUGCUAGUGAACUAUUGCCACAGACAGAUCUCGCUACAGAAAGACGACACCUGUACCAUUGUGGACAAUUCCGACCCGGAGCGAUGGCGGGUGCUGACAAAAGAUGGACAGGAAGCGGAAGUGCCAUCCAUCAUUCUUGUCAUUCCAGCUCCAGAUCCCGAGAGCUUUAGAGCUGCCCACAGAGUGCGCAGUCAGCUGGCAGUUCACUGGAGCACCACGGCACAGCGACUGGGCAGCCAGCUGGUUCAGUUCAUCUCCAUCAUCGGCAAGGACACGCAGACGAAAGAGCUUGCAGCAGUGUCCAGUGAUCAGAAGGCGGCCCUAAUGAAGAUGAUGAACGACAUCCUACGCACGUUGCCGGCCGGCGACAGCAACUUCGCCGCCAUGAAGACAGAGGUGGUGCGGCUCAGAAAACUGCUGGUGCAAGUAAAACCAGGCGCGAGAGUCGCUAGUAACCAGACUGUGAAGAUGUGGGAAGGGACCAUGGCUGCUUAUCAAGUGUUCGCCGACUUCCUGGUAUACGCGCAUGCGUAUCGCGUACAGCUGGGAGAGCACGUGACAGAGGAGAGUGUCCUAGCGGCCGACCCCGUCUGUCCGCCUGCUUACGUGUCCAGAGCGUAUUUCGAGAGGGCCCUUCCGUCCGUUAGUAUUGACAUCAACACCAAACGAAGUCAGGUGACCGGUGUCCAGUGUCAGAUCUACAUUCACGAGCGACAUCGGGGCCCGCGAGACGGAGGGGCGACCCCGCUGCACGGUGCUGCGAGGACAGAGAGCCGAGCGCUGCAGCACGCUGCAGGUCCCCUGGAAUCGUCGUCGCCACAAGCCUCCAGCGUCGUCAUCGUCGGCGUCCUUGACCCGCGCCAAGGGCAAAUAAGCGCGCACCAAGCUAUUCAAAGAGGAAUCCUGAAUUUGACCAGCGGCACGUACCACAGUCCAGUCUCGGGCGCCUGCCUGUCGCUGCCGGCCGCCAUAGAGCAGGGCCUUGUGCAGGUGGACUUCUGUCGCACGCAGGCGGGUGGUGAGUCUUUCGAUGUUCCCGAUGGUGGUGAGGCCAAACUGACAUCACAGCUCGAGACUCUGAUGUGUCCAAUCUCCGGCGUGGUGGAUCCGGCGUCCGGUGAGUGGGUCAGCACCAAGGAUGCCGUGACGCGCGGCCUCAUCAAUCCCCACACCGCCACCUUCCGCAACUCCCUCACCGGCGAGCAAAUGUCCCUCGGCGAUGCAGUCAAGGCCGGUUUCCUCAUCGCCGAACAGGUCUUGCCACCCGAGGAGAAUUCGGACGAUGUGGGCGUCUUUACGUCCGUGGUAUGGCUGGAGUUGUCACAUAAGGUCUCAGGUGUGGUUGACCUCAGAUCUGGUGACAUCAUCUCCUUAAAACGUGCCCUGCAGGCCGGGCUCGUGGACCCUGUGAAAGGCACCUACAGGGACGCUGUUUCAGGAGAGGUCAUGGGCAUAGAAGAAGCUUUGAGACGCGGGUUAAUCAAGGGCAAGCCCUUUGACCCUGCUAAAGACAGGAUGAAGGCGAUGUGCUGAUUCCAACAGCUGCAGAUUCAACGUCAGCGAUUCCUGCCGCUCACAGACACUGACAGCGUGCUGCAGGAGGACCUCGUUCAAGACUCGAACACUAAGCUGCUACAACACCUACUUGAAAGAGUGGAUCCGAGUAGAGUGGCAGUGAAGGAAGUUUCUACAGGAAGAACUAUUUCUCUUCAAGAAGCUUUUGAUAAGGGCAUCGUCAAUCUGGCAGCAGCGCAGUUUGAUACCCUGGUAGGAAACCUCCUCCCCAUACAAGAGGCGGCGGCAAGUGGGUAUAUAGAGCCGACUAUUCUGAAGGACAUCUUGAACACAUACCAAGGAUUUUCCAUUGGUAAUCUCAUUCAGCAGGGUAAAUUUGACCCGGAUACUGGGCUUGUGACAGACAUCUCUACGGGGAGGACACUCUCCUUAGAAACAGCUAUUGAAUGUAACCUGAUAGAUGCUGGCACUACAUUUUUCUUUGAUGUUUCUGCUAACCGCUUCGUGAGCAUGGAGGAGGCCCUGAAGACGGGUCGAAUGAGCCGGACCACUGGCAGAGUGGUCGUGACUGAAAACGGACACGAGCUUAGCGUGAAGGAGGCGGAGCAGCAGGGGUACAUCCUCACCAACAGACCCAGGCUAGCCAAGGCGGCUGAGACCCUGAGUGUGCUGCGCGAUGUCAUGGACACAAGCACGCGAGGGAUAAAGCUGGCGGCGACGGGCCGCAUGGUCAACGUGCAAGAAGGCGUGAUCCUAGGGCUGCUGGACAUGCCCUCGGUCUCUUAUUGUGAUGCAGAGACAGGAAAGGUGGUUCCCCUGCAGGCCGCUGUCAAGAAAGACAAUGUUGAGGCGCAAGCUGCCCUGGCGAUACUUCACGCCUGCAGCAAGUUGUCCCUGCAGGACGCCCUGCAGGCUGGCAAACUGGACCCCAGGACAGGCCAAGCCCUUCAUCCAGAAACCGGCCAGCCCCUGGAUGUGGCCACAGCACGGCGGCAGGGGUUGUGGAAUCCACACCUCGUCUUCUGCGUGGACGAGACUAGCGGGGUGACCAGUCUCGGCACUCUGAUGGACCAAGGCCGUUUUGACCCGCUUCUGGGCAAGAUUCGGAGACCCAGUGGUGAGCUGUUGAGUCUAGAAGAGGCCAUCGCCAGGGGAGUUCUCACCCCAGUCAUACAGCCUGAACAGCUGCUGGACACGACACCCAGUCUCACAGAGUUGAUUGACCUCGGCAAGGUCAACCCUAGCUCCACCACCUUCGUGGGACCCAACGACUAUCGCAUGUCCCUGCCAGAUGCUCUGGCUAACGGCUUUUUAACGCUCAGCUCUAAGGUCAAGCAGGACCCAGACACGGGCGACAUCUACCUGGCGCAGGACGAUGAUGUGGUGCGGGCUCUGGUGGACGUCAAGGAGAACACCGACUGGCUGGCAGACGUAGAGCGGGCCAUGGCCCGCCAAGCCAGGCCCAGCCAGCGCCUGCAGCGACUGAAAGAGCAGAUAGAUGAGACACAGGUAGGAGAGCAGGUAGACAGAGGGAGAGAGCGAUUAGAUGAGGCUAUGGAAAAACGGAUAGAGGAGAUACUGGUGAGACAGCAAAGAGAGAGAAAACUCAAGUGCGUGGGGAAACAACUUACGGAUUCCCUGGGUGUGCGGCGAGAGGUGAGCCAGAAGGAGGGAGAGGUCGCGUCCAUCCAGCAGGCGGAGGAGCUGAUUGCCGCUGGGGGGCAGCACAAGAGCGACACGUCACAGCAGCUACAGAAGCUCAAGUACAACGCUGCUGACCUCAAGCUGCGCUUUGGCAACGCCCUAAAUGAAGCUGAAAGCCGAGAAAACAAAAUGGUCCGCAUCAACGAGGGACUGGAAGAAUUUUACUUCCGGCUAGACGAGACGGACCAAUGGCUGGACUCCGCCAUCGAGCACACGCAGGACCUGCAGGCAUCACACAGCUCCCUGGAGGAACAACUGGUCGUCUUCAAGGAUUUUGUUGAGGAAGUGAAGACAAAAGAAGAAGACAUGACGAAGCUAACGAAGACUGCAGACGAAUUCAAAGAGCAAAGUCAGGAGUUCGAGCGUGAUGUAGAGGCUUACCGGACGCGGCUUCAGAUCUUGCCCACCAUCAGGGAGGAGGCGGAGAUCGGAAUCCUGGACGAGGAGUUGGAGUCCAUUGAGGCCAAAUACAAAGACGUCUCCCGUGAGUGUUCCAGACACAUAGAUCGCCUGGCUUCCAUCGUUAAAAACAAAAAAACCUUUGAUGAGCUUAAUGAACUUGAUGAUGUCUAUCCUAAACUUGAGGAACAAGUAGCGAAGGUGACGAGCCAUGAACUCGGCAAAAUCCCCGGUAAGGACAAGCAGGAUCUGGAGGCCGUGCGGACUAUCAAGUCGGAGCUGAUAGGACACGAGCGACGGUUGAAGGAGCUGACGACGGCGGGGGAGCGCCUGAUGGAAGGCCUGAAGGAGGCGGGGCUGACGUGGCUGCUGGACGAUGUGCACAGCGUGAUGGAGGAUCGCGCAGAGCAGCACAGCGCGCUGCUGCAACAGAUAGGCGCGCGGGAGGAGCAGCUGGACCUCUCCCUGUCGCACCAGCACAACGCCGCCACGCGCCUGGACGCCGUGCUGGACAUGGUGCAGCGGGCUGAGCACCAGCUAAAGAGCGUGGGCGCCAUCAGCUUGGACAAGGAGAGGCUGGCUGACCAGCUGCAAGAGCAGCGCCUGAUGAACGCCGACAUAAGCAGCAACAAGCUGCUGGAGCGACUAGCUGGCGAGACAGGAGGAGUAUCUGGCGCGACCCACAGACUGGCGCAAGUCAGCGAGAGGCUGGGCGCCGUGCAACGCUUCGCGGAGUGCAGGACACGUGAGCUGGAGGAGGUGGCGACGGGGCUUCAGGUGUUCGACGGCCGAGCGUCUGACGUGGUUCACUGGCUGGGCGAGGCUCUCAGAGACGUCAAGUCCUCGGCACGAGCUUCGCCUGGCAAGGCGCUCUGGGCCAAAGUGCACAGGCUGCUGGAGAGUAAGGAGGAGAGAGCGGAGGAACUGAAGGACUUGCGCAGGAUCAGUCAAAACCUGAUGAACGACGAUCGCGUGACGGACAAGUAGGUGCAGGAGACCCUCGCUGACAUGGAGGGCAAAUGGAACGAACUGACAGAGCUGCUCGUCAAAGAAGUAUCCUUCGAGACUGUUACGGAGGUGGAGGGAUUUCUCAAGUACCUGGACAAAGCGGAAAACGACAUCAACACCGCCGAACCGAUCAGUGUGGACCCAGAAACACUGAGAACACAGCUGCGCGAUCACAAUGCGUUCCACGAAGAUCUGACGCAGCGGAAAAACACGUUGAAAGAGCUCAUCGCCAAGGGCAGGGCACACCUGCACGAGACUGCCAACACCAAGACGGAGGAGAUCGAAAGUCGCUGGGACAGCAUCGAGAACCAGGCGGACCUGCUAAGUCACCACAGCGCCGACAGGCAGCGGCAACUCGAGUCUGCCUUGCCGCUGGCCCUUCAGCUGAACGAAAACCUGUCGGAAGUGGAGGCAUGGCUGGAGGAGAUGGAGGCGGAGCUCAAGGCGCAGAACCAGGGUGGCGACAGUUUGGAGGAAGCUAAGAAACAGCACGACAAUCUCAAGACGACGCAGCAGAUUAUCGAUGACCACAAGCUGUUCAUCGACGACCUGAACUCAACGGGGAUGGACCUGAUGGACGUGUGUGGCGUGGUGGAGGCGGGGGACCUGCACAACAAGCUGCUGGCCCUCAACACGCGCUACGAGACAUUGCGAUCACACACGCGCGCCAGAGGCAGGGAACUCGCGGAGAAAAAGAGAAAACUAACUCAAGAAUUCGUGGAGGGCCUGGACCAGCUGCUGGAGGACAUAGACAAUCUCAAGCGUGUGGUCAGCAGCGCCGACCCCGUGCCGGCCGUCCCCGCCAAACUGCGCAAUGAGAUCGACGAAAACAUGUCGGUGAUUCAAGACCUGGAGCGCAUGAAACCCGCAUUAUUGAAAGCUGAAGAAGGUAUAAAAGAUCUGAUGUCACAUGGCAUUGACGACCCUGGGGAAGUUGAAGACGUCAGGUCUCGGGUGGCCGAGAUAACUCAGUUGUAUGGGAAUGUCGGAGCAUCCGCCACCCAGCGCGACAAGCUGCUGCGACAAGUGCUGCACGACGCCACGCAGUACUUUGACCUGACGACCGACGUGCUGUCCUCGCUGCGCGACCUCAAGGACAGCCUCCUGUCCCAGCAGCUGCCAGGGGUCGACACCGCCACCAUCCGCGAGCAGCAGAGUGAACUGGCGGGCAUCAAGACGGAGCUGGAGAAAGCCAAGGAGCUGAUCGGCGACUGCCGCAAGUACGCAGACGACGUGGGUCGCAACUGCGGGGAGCCGGGCCGCAUUGAGCUGCAGAAACAGUUGGAGGACCUGACACAACUGGCAGAUGAUGUCAACGACCUCGUGAGAGAGAGAGGCGACGAACUACGGAAGGUCUUUCGCCACGCCGACCACUUCUCACACCUGCUGGAGGCUGCGGGCUCCUGGCUGCCUCUGUCCGAGCACAAGAUGGCCAGCAUGAGGCCUCCAGCCAGUGACAUCAGGGAACUCACAGAGCAGAUCGAGGAAAUCAAGUUGUUCAAGAGUCAGGUGCAUCCGCACAUCGUGGAGAUGCAGCAGCUAAACCAGCAGUUGGACUCCCUCAAGGACCAGUCUCCCGUGGCCGCCGAGGCGCUGUACCGGCCCGUGUUGGCCGCCAACGAGAAGUGGAACGACCUGCUGAGGAGCAUCGCCGACAGGGAGACAAAACUGAACGACAUGCUGGUGAAAAUCGGGAAGUUAGACUAUUCCAUGGAGGACGUCAUGUCUACACUAGAGCAGCUGCAGGCGGACAUUAAAAGCCAAAGGAAUAACAAUGGAGAUCCUAAAUAUUUGGAGACUAUCCUCCGAAAAUUACAGCUGAUGCAGUCGGACCUGCACAACCAGGAGAAGACGGUUCGGCGACUAACCAAGGCUGUGGACGACCUCGCUCACAAGACAGACAUCGACGAAUACCAUCAACUAUCAGAAAAACGACAGGUGAUGGUCAGUAUGCUGAGAACCACUAAGGCCCUGGCCAAGGAUGCCGAGAACGAGGUGCAGGACAAGAUGCGACAGAUAAAGCGAUUCCUUGGUGAAGUGGACAGAAACCUGCAAGCGAUCAACGACUUUCGCCAUGAACUUAAAAAUAAUCUCCCUUUUGGUGCGCUGCCUGAGACAUGUGAACACCAGUACAACGCUUUCACAGUGCGCUGCCAGGAGCUGGACGGGCGCGAGAGGAGUGUGCAGACUCAGGUAGCCACAGCCCAGCACAUGACGGCCUCCGCGCGUCCCGAGGACGUGGCUCAGGUGACGGACAAGAUCAAACGACUGCGGGACCGCUGGCAGGACACGCGCGAGCGCGCCAUCAAGAGAAAGAUCAAGAUGGAAGAAAACAAGAAGAAUGUUCACGACUUCCACGACAGCCUCAAGGCCUUCACAGACUGGCUGAACACCACGGAGGUCUCAAUGAGGGCGUUUGUUUACCCCAGCAAGCUGGUCGACCGCAUCCUCAAGCAAAUAGAAGAACAUAAUGCUGUGCGGGCGGACCUGGCGGCGCAGUCGGAGCGCAUGGCUAUACUGGACAAGAGCGGCACGUUCCUGAAACACUUUGGCCGCAAGCAGGACACCAUCUUCGUCAAGAACCUGCUGGUCGGCAUCCGGCUGCGCUGGAAGAAAAUUCUGCGCCGCACAGACGAGCGUGGGCGUCUGCUGCAGCAAGCCUUCAAGGAGGACAAGAGGUUCCAAGACGCCUGGCAGGACCUCUGCCGAUGGCUGGACGAUAGCACAGCGUCUUUGUCGAGCUUCUUAUCGCCCAACAAACAGCCAAACCUCAUGAAGACGGAUCUGGAGGAGCUAAAGAAGUUCCAGACACAGCUGGCCACCCGGAACGCCACGUUUUUCGCCACCACUCGACUGGGGCGCAGCCUGAAGGACCGGUGCACCAAGACUGACCCCGAGCAAGUGCUGAGUGUCAUGCUGGAGGAGCUCCGCACCAAGUGGAACGCCGUCCGCUCCGUCAUCAGCAAAAGCCAGAACAAGCUGGAUGAGGCACUGCUGACAUCAGGGAGAGUUUCAGAUGCCCUACACUCACUUCUUGACUGGCUUCAGAAGGCAGAAGCCACCCUAUCUGAUGACCUGCCCGUGCUGGGUGAUCUGGACACUGUGCACAUGCUCAUUGAGCAGCAUAGAAAUCUUCAACAAGAGCUAGCAGCCAGAGAACCAACCAUUACAACAAUGAGAGCUCCAGGGAACCUGUCUCACACUCAGCAUGAAGAGCUAUCCAGACUUUGGGGAAAUGUCAGUUAUCUUUGUGAAGUGCGGGAGAACAAGUUGACGGACGCCCUGAAAUUGGCAGAAGAGUUCCAGGAAGUGGUUAGCAUCAUGAGGGAGUUCCUACCUGAAGCAGAGGCUCAGCUUAAGUUUCGGGCACUUCCUGAUGAUGAAGUGGCCAUCCUUCAGAUGAUAGAAAAGCAUGAGAAAUUUGAGGAGGACCUCAAGAGCCACCAAGAACACGUAGACAAGAUCAAGUCACUUGCAGAAGAGAUAUUAAGCAGCUGUCAUCCAAAUGCUGUUCGCUUUGUGAAGUACUACCUUACAAUUACCCAGACACGCUGGGACCAGCUUUUGGAGAGAGCACAAGCUAAGGGAGAGAGGCUCCGAGAAGCACGUCAGCAACUGCAGGGUCUGGCUGAAAGCCUAGAAGAUAUGUUAGUCACAUUGACAGAAUAUCAGGCCUUGCUAGCAACUAAAGAGAGUGACCCCAUUCCACAUGACUUAAAUGUGGUAGAUGCUCUGCUGAAAGAACACCAGGAGGUUUAUGCAGAACUAAUCAAACUGUCCGAGUCUGAUGACUUUAUGCGCAUAAUGUCCACAGAAGCCAAAUCUUCCAACAGUCCUGCACAGAGGAAUGGAAGCAAUAUGCGGCUCAAUGACGCAGGACGUAACAAUCCCCGAUAUGCCACCCUGCAGAGUAAAUGGCGUACUGUGUCCAGGAUGGCCAUAGAGCGAAAGAAAAAGCUGCAAGAUGCCUACGACAUGUUACAAGAAUUGGAGAAUUUUAAGAGCUUUGACUUUGAGUCUUGGAGAUCACGAUAUCUCAAAUGGAUUCAAGCCAAAAAAUUCCGCAUCACAGAUUUUUUCCGUAGGCAGGACAAGGACGGUGAUGGUUUUCUUAACCAAGAAGAGUUUGUUGGUGGCAUGCUGCAGUCUAGAUUUCCAACCACCAAGACAGAACUGAAUGCAGUAUUUGACAUAUUUGACAGAGAGAAGAGGGGUCUGAUUGAUUAUAAAGACUUUGUAGAUGCCUUGAAACCUGAUAAGACACGCAGUUCCAGCAGAGCCUUAUCUGAUGACGAGGUUAUUCAUGAUGCCAUUGAGCUGGAGACGUCAAGCUGUGCCUGUCGCAACCAGUUUAGGGGAAUUCGCAUAGAUGAAGGAAAAUACAGGUUUGGAGAAAAGCAGAAAAUUGUGCUGGUGCGGUUGCUGAAUAAAUCAGUCAUGGUACGAGUUGGAGGAGGAUGGAUUCCUUUGGAAGAAUUUGUACUGAACAAUGAUCCCUGCAAAGCUAAAGGAAGAACAAAUUUUGAUCUUCGAGAACAGCUUGCCCUUGAUGACACUUCACAGACUUUCACCCCACGGAGAAGCAGCACUGGUCGUAUUUCCCCCUUUCCCUCUUCCACAAUGAAAAGGCGGCAAAAUGAUACAGGCUAUGCCUCCUCCAACUCUUCAGUUGGAAGUGGGGAUACAACAUUACGAAGAAGUCGAGUUACAUCUUCUAUGGUUAAUCUUUCCAGUAAUUCUCCAAGUCUUCAGAGAAACCCAGACUAUGGCUCAACAGGAAAUUUAGUGGGCCAGAGGUCAAGAACUCCAAAAUCAUCUGUUUCAUCAACUGGUCGCCGUACACCUACUUCAGUCACGGAGAGACGGCGCACCAACACAACACAGCGCUCUAUCACUCCCACUGUCGCAUUUGGAUCUACAGUGCGUUCACGACCCACUACUCCAAACUCUUUUUCUACUUCAACACAUUCCACUUCAUCUAUGACACCUAAACGACCAGGUUCAGCAACUCCUACUCGACAGCUGGACAUGGAUCAUACACCACGGCACCGCAGACUGCCAGCUGCACCAGCAACACAGCGCACUACCCCUGGCCAUAACCUGAAAUGAUGUAUCAGUAGAAAGUAUCCUGUGGGCAGUGUGGACAGGCUUCAUGACAUGGCAGACAUCAUAAGAUGCUCCACUAUAAACUUCCCACAAGUGCACUUCAUGCCAACCAAAUUUUUUUGCAGGCAUAGAAGCUCGUAGUAGUUGCAUCAACUCACUUGUGCAGCUGAAGAUGUGAUUUUUGUUUAGGCAAAGACAUGCAUCUUUGGAACUGAAUGCUUUCAUUGCAGCUUACAAAGGGCACAAAAUGGAUCUAAAUGGAAGACUUUAACUCAAAAGUGUGCAGUUGUGUGAUACUUUUUAAUCACAGAGAACAUAUUGCUUCUCAUUUAAAAUUAAUUUUUGAACUCUGCUUUAAAUGCAAUGCUAGUCACCAGCAUGUGGUAUGUAAUUUUACUCAAAACUUGAAAAAAGAAAUUGAAUAGUUCUUGGGUAUGUAAUUUUGAGAAAAAAAUUAUAUACUUCUAGGUUUGUUUUUUUUUUAAAGAGAAAAUUUGAAGAGUGAAUUGCUGGUGUGACUUGUAUUUAUAAAUCUUGGAAUGCACUGGUUCUUAUCACAUGUUCCAUGGUUACCGAGACCAUUAUGCAGUUGGAGAUGUGCGGAUUUUAGUGCCUUGAUUUAAUGUAAGUCUGUGUUCAGUGUUAUAAUUUUAAUCUUAGUGCCCUUCCACCCACUGUCUGCAUCACCAGUGCUCCUAACAUUAUCCUAAUGCCAUCAUAGCUCACCUGAGUCUGUCGUCAUUUCAAGUAUGUAAAGCAGGUAUGUAUUGGGAAUGCAGUAGCUUUCAGUUGCUUGGUAUGGUUCCUCAACUUUCCAUGCUCUUCCAUCCUUUGCUCUUUGACCAUCACAUCCCCAUCAUCCCCAAGAUACUAUUUUGAUGAGAAGGCCUUUUUCUACGGUGUGGAAGUUCCUUCUGUAUAACUAUGUCACACUGACUCUGACAUUCAUUUUAAAAAGCCUUUAGAAGUGUACCUAUUCAAGAAAUACACACAAGACUUUCACAAGCUCUUUUUCAUAACUUUGUUUAUACUUGCUGUGCUCGAGCUUUUCUUGGUGACUUUCGAUAGCCAACACUCUUCAUGUGCAUGGAUGUACCACACAUGCAAAUGUGUGCCAAGAUUGACCUAUGUAUAAAUCUUACUGUGUUUUGAUCAGGAUUGGCCUUUAUACAUAGAUCACAGUGUAUGUGAUUUAUAGACUUUCUAAUUGUUACUUUUACACUAGGUUAAAAUUUUUGUAAAUCAUGGUGACCUUAGCUUUGACUACGACACAGCACCCAACAAGUCUCCUGAUGAUUAUUAUUGCUUAAUAAUAUAUUUAUAUAUGACGCAUACAUCAUUAAGUCAUUGUCAUGAAUGCACUAAAACAUUUUAAAAGUUGAAGUAGUGUAGAAGGAUGGUUGUUUAAGCUUAAAUUAAUUAGAAUCAUUAAGAUGAGAGUCAACAUCAUCUUAACAGUUUUUAUCAUGUGUUGAUGAUGGAGAUGAAAUAACAUUUAAAGUGGGAUGCAGAUGACAGACUAAGGACUAAUCCUGGGAACAAACGGUAGUGAUGUCUAGAUAUGCAGCCAAAACACUGAUAGAUGUUGGUGAGUGAUCUUGAAUUCAUGGUGAAACCUUUAUCAAUGGUGAUCAUAGAAGAAAUUUUCUAUUAAACAUUUCAACAGCUGGAGUUGUAAUUAAUGCCUAGUAUGCAAUUAAGGGGUUUUAAUGGUCACUUACAUUCUUUGGUAAUUUAACAAAAAAGUAUGCCAAAAAACUUCUGAUAUGUGUAGACUUAAAAAUUUAUGAAUAAGGUAUAGCCAGGUUUUUAGUACUAAUAGUAUUUAAUAACAGGUGAAGUAAUCCCAGAAAACUCUGUAUGUCAUCAGCAUCAUCAGGUUUCUGUCAUCAUUCCUAUUGUUUUCAUUUUUCUCAAGACUUACACUGUACUAGGGAAUUUUGUUGCAUUUUUUUUUCUCCCUGAAGGGACUUAUGUCCUGGUGUGUGCUAGUAAACUGACAAUCCUACCCAAUAUACAUUGUAUCCAUGUAGUUGACUUUCCUCUGCCAUUUAUAAAUAAGUCAUUCCAGCUUAAACAUUCCAACAAAAAGUAAUUCUUUAUAGAACUAUAUCUAUUUUCCUAUUUAGAAAAGACCAAAACAUGUUAACAUUUAUUAAAACAAAGUAAUUUUGUAUAUUUUUCAUACUUGUGCAAAUGCUUGAGGUUUGUAAAUUAUGUAUUUUUUUACCAAAAAAAAGUUAUUGGAAGUGCAUCCUAAUUUGGAACACUGUAUGAUUUCUUCUUUUGAACCCUCUAUAAUGAUUUCUUUGUUCCAAUUCCUUGGCACUUAUCCACUUAUGCAAGAUUGAAGUUUAGUCUAAAGAUGCCUUUUUUUUCUUCUUCUGUGAAUAUCUUUUUUGAGUGAAGUCUUUCUCCCUCUUUUGUCGUAGUCAAGUAUCCUUGUAUUGGCUGUGAAGAUUCUCAGUUAUUUGCUUUCUGUCAUUAUUUUCUUGUCUUCUAGUUCUUUGUGGUUCUGCUGCACUUACACCUUCAGUUGUGAGACACAAAAUAAGCUUUAAUAGCAUCAGUGCAGUGAUCUGAAAGACUAUCUGUAUUUUGUUGUGACCAAGGUCCAGGGGCCAGUUCCACAAUACAUUUUUAAUUUUAAACACUCUUAGUCCUUAUAUCUAUUUAGAUAAUCAGUUUUAUUUUUAACAAAUGCAACUUAGUUUUAAAUAAGAUAAAACUAAUUAUCCCAGAUGUUUGUUCCCGUCAACAUGAUCUUUUGUACGCACUUAUGAAAAGCAUUUCAAUGGGAGGAGAGAGAUUUGUCAAAAUUCUAUUUUUAAAUUUACUUUUUUGGAGCAGUUUUAAUUUUUGAAACAUGUUGUGCAACUAGCCCCUACAAAACAAUGAUGGUUAAUAGGUAGUUAAUGUGUAGAAGCUAAAAUGAUCAAAUUUAGUUUAUUGCUUUUAGAAAACAAUCCAGCUGGCAUCUUGUGCACAUAAAGUUCACAGACAGUGUUGUAAACUGAAAAGACUACAGAACUUGGUAGGCAGUAGGAAAAAUUUCUCUUUUCUUAUUUACAUAUUAUGAAUAACUUUCAUUCCAUUGAAUUUUGUUUUAUGUUUGAUGUUAUAAAUUACAGUGAAAUAAAAGAAUGAUAUGAUGAUAAUUAAAGAGAGAAUAACAAGCUGUGCUGAUUUAUAUCAAUGUUUCAAAGGAGUAGAACAAAGUAGCAUUUGUCUUCAUACAUAAUGUCUACAUACAUAAUCAUACAUAAUAGUCUUUUUUUCUGUCAGAGCUUGAUUUCUCAUUUUAACAGCUAUUUUAUCAUAAAUGUCAUUUUAAAGCAUGCUUAAUCAAAAAUAAUUUACAUUAAUUAGGUCUUAAUAAUUUAUAUCUUUUUAUCAACUUUCAUUACUGUGGUGAUGGUAAAGGUGAUGGUCGUAACAUGGAGUGUGUAGGGUUGGGGAAGAAAGAAAGGUUGUGAAUGUGUCCAUUUGCCCAUCCUAUAUGCACAUGCAAUUUUGGUAUGGAGUGGAGUAGGUAGGGUGUUUGAUGAGUAUUUGAAUCAAGAAGACAAAGAUCAUGCUUCAUUAAUCGCAUCUUAACUGCUGUACUUGUCAAUGAGCAUCUACAGCAUUUGUAAACCUCCAGAUAUUACACUGUAGUUGGGAACAGCUUGUCUUAUCUAUCUGUAUCCUUGCCAGCUGAUAAUCUUAAAUAUAAAAUUAAAAAAUGGAAGUCCA